GUCUCCCUGUGUUGCCCAGGCUGGCCUGAACCAUUUUAAGUGCACAUUUCAGUGACAUUAAGUACGUUCUCGUUGUGCAGCCAUUACUAUCCAAGAGAGCCCUGAGGGCACUCUUUUGCCCCUCCCACCAUGUGGGUGCUCUGUGGGAAGGUGCUGUCUGUGAACCAGGGUGGGCCUCAUCACACACCGAACCUGCCUGGAGCCGUGGCCUCCAGAACUGUGGAAAGUCAGUGUUUAUCAGCCACCCAGACCAUGCCACUGCAUCACAGCAGCCCAAGCUACAUACUGUCCAGAAGAUUGAUUUUCAGAACUUUUUAGGAGCCGCCAGGCCUCGAAGCAUUUGUGUCACCUCAGGGCUGAGGGCCAGGGCCGCAGUGCUGGCCCUACAGCUGGCGUCCAGCUGGGAAUCAUGUGGAAGAAGGUGGCUCCGCGGAGGGAGGGCCUGGCCAGCCUGAGCCCAGCCGAAGUUCUUGCGGACUUGAACUUCCCGGCCUCCUCCAUCUGCCAGUGUGGGCCCAUGGAGAUCCGUGCAGACGGCCUGGGCAUCCCGCAGCUCCUGGAGGCGGUGCUGAAGCUGCUGCCCCUGGACACCUAUGUGGAGAGUCCGGCUGCAGUCAUGGAGCUGGUGCCCAGCGACAAGGAGAGGGGCCUGCAGACCCCAGUGUGGACAGAAUACGAGUCCAUCCUACGCAGGGCCAGCUGCGCGACAGCCCUGGCAAAGAUAGAGAGGUUUGAGUUUUAUGAGCGGGCUAAGAAGGCUUUUGCUGUUGUGGCAACGGGGGAGACGGCCCUCUACGGAAACCUCAUCCUCAAGAAGGGGGUGCUUGCCCUCAACCUCCUGCUGUAGGCCUGGUGAAGACCACCUGGGCCAGAAGAGGAAUUGGGGCCACCCUGAGCUUCAGUAUCACCACUCACAACAGGCCUCCCAGCGGCAGCUCCCAGACCUGGGCCCUGGCCAGGGCUCUAGGGGGCCGGCAGUCUUGGGGUGGGCCCUGCCAAUUGGGACGAGUGUCCCUGAUUUGUGAAAAUGAUGGAAAAACGUAGUUGCUGGUCAACGUUCAGUCUCAAGUUUCCAAU